CUUCUCUUCCAAAUCACAACUCGAUUCACAAAUCACAUUACAUUUUACAUUUACAACAUUUGCCACAUUGAUUAACAAAUAACAUGGCUGGAGCAAUUAAGGUUGUUGCUAUCUCUGGUUCUCUUCGAAAAGCUUCUUAUAACACCGGUCUCAUCCGUUCUGCGAUUGAGCUGAGCAAAAAUGUGGUUGAGGGUGUUGAUAUUGAGUACAUUGAUAUUUCAACUUUACCAAUGUUGAACACUGAUCUAGAGAUAGAAGGGAAUUUUCCAGCUGAAGUUGAAGCUUUUCGUCAAAAGAUUCUUGCUGCUGAUAGUGUUCUCUUUGCUUCUCCUGAAUAUAAUUAUUCUGUCUCAGCUCCACUAAAGAAUGCAAUUGAUUGGGCAUCAAGACCACCAAAUGUUUGGGCUGGAAAGUCUGCUGCCAUAGUGAGUGUUGGAGGAGGACACGGCGGUGCAAAGUCACACUAUCAUCUCCGACAAAUUGGAGUUUUCAUCGAUCUUCAUUUCAUCAAUAAACCCGAGUUUUUCUUAAACGCGUUUCAGCCUCCAGCAAAAUUUAACGGUGAUGGCGAUUUGAUUGAUCAAGAUGCCAAGAAUAAUUUGGAGGGAGUUCUUUUGUCCUUGAAGGCAUUUACCCUUCAACUUCAAGGCAAAAAUUGAAACAACUUUAAGUUCCAUAAAUUGCUUCAAUCGUGAUUUUUAUUCAAUUAAAAAAAUGUAUUGUUCUUUAUUUGCAUUUAGAAUUUUAUUUGCAUUGUUGCCUUGUCCUGUGUUUGAUUUACAAUGUUAUGUUGAAGUUUGUUAAAAUUCCAUGUAUUAUUAUGAAAUAAUAGUCUUGUCACAUUAUUCA